ACCACCGCUAUACAGACUCAUUCUCUCUCCAAGGAGUAGCCACAACUUCCAUUUGGGCAUCCCAGCUCUUGGCCAGCUGUAGCCAUGAACUAUGUGGGGCAGCUGGCAGAGACAGUGUUCGGAACAGUGAAGGAGCUGUACAGGGGCCUGAACCCAGCCACGCUGAGCGGCGGCAUCGAUGUGCUGGUGGUAAAGCAGUUGGAUGGCUCCUUCCGGUGCUCGCCCUUCCACGUGCGGUUCGGCAAGCUUGGGGUCCUGCGGUCCCGGGAGAAGGUGGUGGACAUUGAAAUCAAUGGAGAGCCUGUGGACCUGCACAUGAAGCUGGGGGACAGUGGCGAGGCCUUCUUUGUCCAGGAGCUGGAUAGUGAUGAGGAAGAUGUGCCUCCUCGCCUGUGCACCUCCCCUAUUCCAUGGGGAGGCCUGUCAGGCUUUCCCUCAGACUCCCAGCUGGGCACAGCCAGUGAGCCUGAGGGCCUUGUCAUCGCUGGGAGGAGAAAGAGGCGGCGCAGGAGAAAACCCAAGCGCAGGGAGGAUGCUGUGGACUCCAGUUCUGAGGACUUGGAGGCAGGUGUGGACAGUGAGCUGCCCCUGCUGGAAAAGCCAACACCAGACUCCCCAAGCAGCGCACAGGUGGAAGAGGACACCUCACCACAGCCUAAAGACAUCUACCCAUACUCUGAUGGCGAGUGCACCCCUCAGGCCAGCCUCUCAUCAGGUGACCUAAUGUCCCCUAAGAGUGACUCAGAGCUGGAGCUGAGAUCCUUGGAGCCCACUCCCCUGAGAGCUGAGUCUCACAUGCAGUGGGCCUGGGGAAGACUGCCCAAGGUGGCAAAAGCUGAGCGGCCUGAGUCCUCGAUGGUCCUUGAAAGUGUGGCAGAGGCGAUCUGUGCUCUCCCUGGGGAACCUAGCCCUUCCUCCUCCUCCUCCUCCUCCUCUGUGGCUGGUGUGGACACUUUGAGACUCCCAGUGCUGCAACCAGGGGCCAGGGAUGACACGUUUCAUCCUGAUGCGGAGGCACACAGCGAGGGAACUCUGGCCGAUUCCCCCCUUGCUGCUGCUGCUACAGAGAGUAAGGAAACCAAGACUCAGAACCCCAAGGGUGCAGGCCACCCUCCCGCCACUAAAUCAUGGAGCUGGGCCACUUUGGAGAGCCAUGUUUCCUCUGGACGUCCAGAAGCCUCCAGGGGGAAAGGUUCCCUGAAGAGAAACCAGCACCUGGGCCCCAGUGACAUUUACCUGGAUGAUCUACCCUCCCUGGACUCCGAGAACGCAGCCCUUUAUUUCCCCCAGAGUGACUAUGGGAUGGGGGCCAGGAGGUGGAGUGAACCCAGCAACCAGAAGCUUCUAGAGAACCCCGACCCUGGGCACAUAGCAGAAUCCACUCUGGACUCAGUGGACAAGAUAGCAUUGUCCCUCUGCGGUGGACUGGCUGAUACCCGAGACAUCUCACUGGAGAAGUUCAACCAGCACGUGGUCUCCUAUGAGGACCUCACUAAAAAUCCCGGGCUCCUGGAUGACCCCAACCUUGUGGUGAAAAUCAAUGAGAAGCAUUAUAACUGGGCUGUGGCUGCCCCCAUGAUCCUUUCUCUGCAAGCUUUCCAGAAGAACUUACCUGAGAGCACUGUGGACAAGCUUGAGAAGGAGAAGAUGCCCCGGAAGGGUGGGCGAUGGUGGUUUUCCUGGAGACGCAGGGACUUCCCAGCUGAGGAGCACAGUGCCCAGAGGGAGAAAGCCACAGCGAGGGAACAGCAGGGAGAGAAGACGGAAGCCCUAAGCAGUGAUGAUGAUGCUCCAGACAGCCCUGUGAUCCUUGAAGUCCCCCCACUGCCACCCUCCACUCCAGGCUACGUCCCAACCUACAAGAAGUCCCUUCGUCUCUCUUCUGAUCAGAUUCGGUGUCUGAACCUGCAUGAAGGAGCUAACGAUGUGGUCUUCAGUGUGACUACCCAAUACCAAGGCACCUGCCGGUGCAAAGCCACCAUCUACCUCUGGAAUUGGGAUGACAAGGUGGUCAUCUCUGACAUAGAUGGCACCAUCACCAAGUCGGAUGCUCUGGGCCACAUUCUGCCCCAGCUGGGGAAAGACUGGACACACCAAGGCAUUACUAGUCUCUACCACAAAAUCCAUCUAAAUGGCUACAAGUUCCUGUACUGCUCAGCACGGGCCAUCGGCAUGGCUGACCUCACCAAGGGCUACUUGCAGUGGGUGAGCGAGCGUGGCUGUGGCCUCCCUAAGGGCCCCAUCCUGCUGUCUCCCAGCAGCCUCUUCUCGGCCCUCCACAGAGAGGUGAUCGAGAAAAAGCCAGAGGUAUUCAAGGUGGCCUGCCUGAGUGACAUCCAACAGCUGUUUCUGCCCCAAAGACAGCCUUUCUAUGCUGCCUUUGGGAACAGACCCAAUGAUGUUUUUGCCUACCGUCAGGUGGGCCUUCCUGAAUCGCGCAUCUUCACAGUCAACCCCCGGGGAGAGCUCAUUCAAGAGCUCAUAAAGAACCACAAAUCCACGUACCAGCGGCUCGGGGAGGUGGUGGAGCUUCUCUUCCCACCUGUGGUGCGUGGCCCCAGCACAGAUCUGGCCAACCCUGAAUACAGCAACCUCUGCUACUGGCGGAAGCCACUGCCGCACGUGGACUUUGAUGCCCUGGCUUGAGGCUGCCCUGGCUGUUCUCCUUGGUCUGACCCAGGACAUUAAGGAUUGGAAGAUGGGUGCUAUGGGGUCAACCCAACACAGGGGCUGCAAGUUGGGUGGCAGCCAGAGACACCCUCCCCCCUCCUCUUUGAAACACAAAUACUGUGGUCAUCAGUGUGACUACUCAAUACCUUGUAGGGCACCUGCUACUUGUAGGGCCACCAUCUACUUGAAGAAAUGGAAUGAAAAGUAGCCAUUUUUGACAUAGAGGGCAGCAGCGUC